UAUGUCAACUCCCGCACAGUCAUUAUGAAAAUGUCAAAGAUGAUGAACAGCAGCUUGUGAAAAUUAAUUACUCUUAUAAUGAAUGUUCUUCAGAAAGACCACAGCUUUCCUACUAUAUGUGGACUGAUAUCUCCAGACUUGUUCAUGUCCUGCUCUUCCUCCAUAGGCUUCUUUACUGGUUUUAGUUUAUUGAACUUGAUUGUAUAACUCAACUAUCAGACUCCUGCAGUCAUGCCUCGGGUAAUGAUCAAAGGCGGCGCUUGGCGCAACACAGAGGAUGAAAUCUUGAAGGCGGCUGUUAUGAAAUAUGGCAAGAACCAGUGGUCUCGGAUUGCUUCUCUUUUGCAUCGUAAGAGCAGCAAGCAAUGCAAAGCUCGUUGGUUCGAGUGGCUUGACCCCAGCAUUAAGAAGACAGAAUGGAGCCGAGCUGAGGAUGAAAAGCUGCUCCAUAUGGCAAAGCUUAUGCCAACUCAGUGGAGGAGUAUUGCUCCCAUUGUGGGCAGAACAGCAGCUCAAUGCCUUGAACGAUAUGAGUAUCUUUUAGACCAGGCCCAGAAAGGUGAUGAUGAUGAUGGAACUGACGAUCCUCGAAAGCUUAAACCUGGCGAGAUUGAUCCAAACCCUGAGACCAAGCCUGCCCGUCCUGACCCAAAAGACAUGGAUGAGGAUGAGCUAGAAAUGCUAUCUGAGGCCAGAGCUCGACUUGCCAAUACUCAGGGCAAGAAGGCAAAGAGGAAGGCCCGUGAGAAGCAGCUCGAGGAGGCUCGUCGGCUGGCAGCGUUACAGAAGCGCCGUGAGCUUCGUGCUGCAGGUAUAGAGCAGGCGCCGCGGCGCAAGAAGAGGAAAGGAGUUGAUUAUAAUGAAGAAAUUCCAUUUGAAAAGCGUCCUGCUAUCGGCUUCCACGAUUCAGGGCAGGAUGUGUAUGUUGCCAAGGAGCCAGACUUCAAGCGAUUGAGACAACAGCAUCUGGACGGUGAAUUACGUUCUGAAAAGGAAGAACGCGCACGUCAAAAGGACAAGCUGAAGCUGAAGAAGCUCCAGGAAGAAGGAGGUGCGGGGCCAUUUGCAGACGAUUCUUUUACUAUCAAGAGUAAGCGCAGCAAGCUGGUGCUCUCAGACCCGCAGAUGAGCGAGUCUGAACUGCAGCAAGUUAUCAAGUUGGGAAAAGCAUCGCAGGCAGCUAGAGAAUUGGCUGAAGAAGGCGGUGAUGGAGCCAGUGAAGCUCUGCUAGGGGAGUACACUCCCCUCACCCCCGCCACCGCCAUCACCGCGCGUACCCCAGCUGCCGUUGACAACGUCAUGGCGGGCGCUCAGGACCUCAUGGCCCUCACCCAUGUGGACACUCCGCUUAAAGGAGGCCUUAACACUCCACUUCAUCAGCCACACAUGGGUCAGCUGGGUCCUGCAGCGCCCCAGACCCCCAAUGCAUUGCUUUCAACGCCUUUCAGAACACCGCAAGUUAUGGAUGGUAAUGCCACUCCUGGAACUCCUGCUUCUAUCAGGAGUAUCUCCAGCAGCCUUGCAGGUGGCACUCCUGGAGCCACUCCCCUACGGGACCAGCUCGCCAUCAACGUCGAGCGCGCCCUUAUGCCCGCAGACUCAACUCGUGCCCUGAAGCAUUACCAGCGCGCCGUACGCUCCUCACUCCAAGAAUCUCUCAGCGCUUUGCCCACUCCUGCUAACGACUUCGAGAUCGUUGUGCCUGACCAGGACCCAGACUUGAUGGAUGAUGACGCGUCAAGCCAGCAUCAGGUUGAAGAUCAGGCCGACGUGGACGCAAAGCGCGAGGCUGAAGCAGAGGCUCGGCGUGUUGCGGAGCUUUCACGCCGCUCGCAGGCUGUGCAGCGCGACAUGCCGCGCCCUCACACCAUCAAUAAGAGCGUCUUGCGCCCCCCCGACGUGCACUAUACCGACCUGCAGAAGGCGGAGGAGCUCAUUAAACGUGAGAUGGUCGUCAUGCUGCACUAUGACGCUUUGCACUCGCCCACUUCUGCUGCUGCUGGCAAGAAGUCAUCACAAGACGCUGCUCAUGCUGAAUACCUGCACACUCAUCCCUACAGGACUUACUCUGAGGAAGAUAUCGUUCAAGCCAAGAAGCUGCUUAGCAAAGAAAUGCAGGUCGUGAAGCAGGGUAUGAACCACGGGGACCUGACCCAGGAGGCGUACAGCCAGGUGUGGGAGGAAUGUUUAGCACAAGUUCUCUUCUUGCCGUCACAGAGCAAGUACACGCGUGCAAGCCUUGCGAGCAAGAAAGACAGAAUCGAGUCUCUGGAGAAGCGGCUUGAUCAGAACCGAGCACACAUGGCCCAGCAAGCCAAGCGAGCUGCCAAACUAGAAAAGAAGCUGAAAAUUUUGCUAGGUGGUUACAUGGCUCGCGCAGCCACUCUCACCGCCAGUCUUGGAGAAGCCCAGCAUCAGCUUGAGAACGCACGCCUCGAGCUUUCUACCUUCAAAUUCUUGCAAGAACUUGAGGCCGUUGCCGUACCCAGGAGAUUGUCCACACUGCAAGAGGACGUAGAGCGACAGAAAGAGCGAGAGAGAGAGCUUCAGCGACGCUACCAGAGUCUUACAAAUGCAUUAGAAGAUCUUAAACUAGCGUAUGAAGAUAAAGAAGAGGAAGUUGAAACGCCUGUAGAAAUUCAGGAGGAAAUUAUAGCUGAAGACGUGACUAGCAAUGAUACGUCAGCAACUGACCAGCGUCUUGAGGCUGAUAAGAAUGAAGAAAAUUCCCAAAAUUCGAUAGCUUCGAGUGUGUCGUUGAAUGGCGAUGAAUCUGAUGAUGAAACAAGUACUUCACCGCCGCCUGGUCAUAACGGUGUCGCACGAUCAGCAAAACGUAAACGUGGUGACGAUGGCGAAAAAAGUGAUGGCUAUUCGUCUGACAGCUCACGCUCUUCGUCGGAGAGCUCUGACAGUGAACUGGCUGGCGAUGCUGUCACGCCGCCUCUGUCACCCUCAGUUCCUGUCAUCAACGGUGAUACCAACGGCGUCGUCACAGCAACUGCUGAUGAGCCUCCAGCAGCUGAUGAUCCCAUGGAGGAAUAACUCCCUACUUUAUUCAUACCUUUUAGUUCCGUUCCUCGAACGUACUAUAAAUUAGAAUACAUUUUUGGCACACCAUUUGAACAAAAUGUGGACAUCUUUUAUUGAGGUAGAAGGUUGUUAAUCGUGCUUCGAUAUUAUAAAUUUAUCAACUCAAACGAAACAUUUUUAGUUAAAUACAAAUGAGCAGUUAGGAUUUAUUAUAGUUUAGGAAUGUUAUGGCUUGAAAGAUAUCCAUAUCGAAUCAUUCUAAAUUCACACUUGUACUGUUUCUUCCAUCACAUAAGUGAAUUGUUAUUUAUUGAAUAUUUCGGUCUUUAUAAUACCAAAAAAAGUAUCAUUCCUCUGCACUUUCAAAAUUUUGCCUGGUAAGCAAAGCCCGAACAUUCUCGGAAGAAAUGUAAGCAGCAAGCACUUCAGUUCUUUGACAUCAAUUUCCUGAAAAUUUCUGAAAUUGGCUUCAUCUCUUUCAAAUUUCAUGAAAUUUAUUUCAAAUGCCAUGCUGUAUAAAUUUUUAAUUCGCGCUUAAAUAAUCCGUGCUAGCAUGGUCAGCAAUAUUAGCUUUUCACGUUUUGUCAGAUAAACAGAUCUUCGCUAGAUUAAUUCAUUCCUGCUAGAUAAUCGUUUUAUUACCUCGUGAACGUGUACUCGCAUUCCUGAUCCAAAAUUUCCUAACAAACACUAUUGUUUAAAUAAUAUUAAGCUGAAAAUAAUUUAAAUUCAGCUGUAAAAUACUUGUCAGUGAGCCACGGUCUUCCUGUUCGAUACAUUUCAUGUAAAUAACAUUGAAAGUCAUUUCCUUUUUCUAAGUCCUUGGAAUGUUAUGUGUUGAAAAUCGAUCUAUGUUCACUCGUGUCGCAACAAUGUUUUGCUCGAUUUGUUAGUCUCUGCCCAGGUCUUGGUUUUUGACGAUGAAAAACUUGAGAAAGAUGCUGCGUGCAAUGAUUAGAAAGAUAGACGUAACUUGUCUGAAAUAGAAGGUAUAUUGUACCAGACUUCUGACUACAGUCUUGUCGUCUAAAGUUGUCCUUAUCGAACAAUGAGGAACAAAAAUCUUGUAGAAUGAACUUUUUAAUUCAAUGAAAAACGACGUUUUUCGUUGAUGUGAUGAUUGUGCAUUGUCGGUAAAGUAUCAUUCAGUGGUGUGUGUUGCGAUUACGAGUCGAGAUCCAUGAUAUUAUGUGAAACCCAUGAUUGAUUUUAAAUUCUCGAGUU